CGUACGGCUAUUGGUCAAGCGGUCAGAGACGACUGCAAACGACAGGAGAUGACUCGUCACAAGAGCAGAAAUACCGCUUGAAGACAUUGAGAAUGUUGUGAUGAGCUGCUCAUGGCAAUGGCUAAUAGACUUGCUUAAGUCGCACAAAGGGCAUAUCCAUAUUGGCUGAGAUAGGGUAACGACUUGGACAUCUGCUCUUUAGGUUACAGUUUUUGCACUUCGUUUUUUAUUUAUCUGUUAAAUUCAUAAGGCGAACUUGUCGAGUAAGCAUAAGACCCCGGCUACCAUCAAACCCAAGAGAGCUUACAUACAUGAUGCUUCAACGCUGCCUGCCAGCACCCCUGAGUGGGUUUGCAAGGCAGACGUCGUCGGAGCUACAAGCUUCGCCUUGUGCUAAAGCUAUUGGUGCUUGCCGCAAUGAGACCUACCAUCGGCGAGCACCCCUAGGUUAUCAGAGCAACAACACGCCCACCCGGUCGCGACAAGCGCACCUGGUGGGAUGUAUUGGGCCUGAUGGGUCACAUGGCGACGGGAGCAUUGGCGACGGCUCUUUUGGAGAGGGUGAAAUGGACGCUCGGCCGGCUCAACAGGAACCGCACAACGGCGGCAGCAGCAGCAGCGAUGACAGACCGCAAGCAUACGGCUACUCAGCAUUGCCGGCUUCGUUCCUAAGUUCCUUCAACACACUUUUAUCUACGGAUGAAUGCAACUGGGACUUUGGCCCCGAGCCAAGUAUUCCCAAUCCCGAGUCCUCGCCCUCGAAUUUCCAUGAAGGGGACUUGCUGUUUCCAACGAGUCACCUACAGCCGUUCUAUAAAGACCUUUGGACUUUAACUGACAAGCCUGGUGUGGACCUCCUGGCGGCCGGUCCUCAGUUAUGGGACCGCCUUGGCAAUGUCUUCGUCAUCCUGUUCGGUGUCGGCCAGCGGGCUACGGAGGGCAUUUACUCAUUACGGGCUUUCAGCAUCGAUGGCGUCCCGCAUGAGACCAUUAUCGCCUUUGAAUGCGAGGAGGAGGCGCAGCGCUAUGCCUGCCUGCUCGAAGCAGCCAUGGAGCAUACCCCGCAAGUCUGCUCUAUCCCGCCGCGCGAGCUGCUCUCAUUCUGCCAGGACCAAGCCUACGCCUGCCGCCUCGAACCCCGCGGCUCGCUCCUCAUCCCACCCGACAUAAACGUCUCAAUCACCGAUUGGGAGCGCUCCUUGCGGUUACGCGACGGCCAGUUUGCCGUACUGGAUUCCGAGCCCGAUGUACGACACAGCGGCAGCAGUGGCGGCGGCGGCAGCAACGGCGCCGCUGCCGCGGCGGCACUUACCACGACAGCAGCGCCUCCUGCCGUCAGCGGCAACAGCGGUGGUGCUGCGUUUGGAUCCGCACUCGCUCGCUACUCGGGCUUGAGCGGGCCAGAGCUCGAGGCAAUUCGAGCUCGUUUGGAGUCUUUAUUGCCGCCAGAUAGCUAAGGAGGGGAAGCUAAACAGCUGCCCGCACGCGCGAGGUGGUGCAGAGGACUAGGAAGCGGCCGAGUCGAGAGGACACAACGCAAACCCACAUGCUCGCUGCUGCAGCUAACCAGGCAGCAGAAAGGAAAUCCAGCAUGGUUACUGGGGCUCGUGUGACCCACGGGUCACAUGUGCCAUGCAAAUGGGGGAGUAACGGACAGGAGCUAUCGGCGGGCGUAUCGGAUUUCGUACAAUGGCGCGGCCACAUGUCCUUAUUGCGUGAUGAUAAUAGGGGCCGGAGGUCCGGAGCGGCACCGCCUGGAUUAACGCCACCGCUGCUGCUGCGUGGUUCGCGGCCCACGUCGCUUCGCUCUUCGAGCUGCUAUGUUGAGAAAUGUCGUAUGCAUGAUAAUUGUCCAGUUGCCUGGCCGUUGCCUGUUGUCGUACAUUGCUGUUGCAUCCUCCUGGUGAACAGGUUUGGCGACCGAGUUGGUUGGUUAGUUGGUUAGUUCUUCCGCGGCACUGGUGCGAAGUGAAAUAGUCGCAUUGGUCAAGGACAGGGCCAUGGUUAUUUGCAUCCGUGGGGUCCGUUGCGUUCGCAAGGCGCAAGGGGCACAAUUUUGACGGGAUUAUGGUGAUUUUUCAGAAUUCCAAUCUGCGAAAUGAUUACACAAUGUGAGAAUGAGUUGACGUGGGCGUGAUUCGGUAUGCUUCGGUUGCGGAAUUUCGACUGGCGUAGACAGUACGGAGAUUAGCAGCGGUUGGGGGCCUGCCUGCGUUGCGAAUUGCGAAUGAUGAGUCGUCAGUGGUCGCAAAGGGCUGUGAGAAUGCCUUGGGCGGAUGCAGCGCACCCUUCCCCACGUACCGUGUGGUCAUUCAAGUGCCUUGGGUGCAGCAAUCAAAUCCCAGCGGUUGCUGCGUUUUCCUUUGCAGCAGCUACCGUCAUGCUAAAUUAUGAUGUACUGGAGGAGGAGGCUGCAAAGCCGUGGACUAUCCCCGGUGAUAUAAGACGUGGGGUUGUGGCGGUGAUAAAACGAGGAGGAGAAACUCCCAUUGCUGUUUGAGAGCUAUCUAACUUCAUAGCCCUUUGGCAAAACAGUCUUCUUACUUUGCCGUUGGGUUGAACUGCUUUACCUUAUGUACCGUUUUGCCUGUGUUCAACUGCCCCCGCCCUCGUACCUCGUAUACGACCUGCGGCGUAACAGAGGGCGUACGAAUGAACGAUGGCGAGGUGUCAAACUGCACUUCCCGGGGCGUUCCUGAAUAGCGGAAAUCCUGGCUUGCCCGGGUUAUGGCGCCCGGGCAUGCCCUAUCCUAGGAACACGUGUUGACCUAUCUUGUGAGCACACAGUGCCUGUGCGAUAUGUGCUUGCAUGUUUAUUUGAGCAGUUGAGAGAGCGGUUGUACGACGCCUGCUAGCUUAUGCUUUUGCGUUUUGCCGUACACAUUGCGCUGUACAUGGCCGUGCGUAGAGUACGUGCGUGCCAGCGGAGGCGGCAGGGUCGGAUGUAUUAUCGUGUGGGGUCCUGUCGCUGGUACAGGGUGAAAUGGGUGUUAGUGGGGAGCUACUGUACAAAGAGAGAGGGAGGAGAGGGAUGCUUUCGGCUUCAAAAGUUUGAAGGGGAAGGCACAGAGACAUGGCUUCUGAGAGAGUUCGGCCUCCUGAGAGAAUUUGGCGUUAUUUCAAACAUUCAAUGCAUCCCCUUGUCUUCCCAAUUCUCGCUUUUCAAGUUUUGUUGUGCUAGGACAGCUAGGACGGGCUUUUGUGGCCGCAUGCAAGGGGGUUGUCGGAUGACGUCGUCAGCAGGCUUGCACUUGUUGCACGUGCGGCUACCGCCGGUGCGGUUGCUGCUCUGCUGCUGAUGUUGCGCGGUUAUUGUGCUAGCUCCUAAGAAGGGCGCCGGCAUAUCCUUAUGUAGCACUGUCGGCUUCUGCCCUAUCAGACCUUGGCAUGCGGGGGCGCGAACCUAAAUGUAUCUGCUGCUCUGUCUGUGUGGCCCCAUGCCUAAGGACACCGUUAGGCGAGCCGUUGGGAGGAAGCACCUGUUUGCUUCCACAUACACUUCCUGUAAACAGCAAGGCGUUCCGGGCAAGGCGUGGUUUUGUCGUAUACCUUUACAAGUGCGGCGGCAUCCUAAGGGCACCGCUGUGCUUGGGGCUGAACCCUGGCUGAAUGGUGUGUUGCUGUUAUCGUUGCUGGUAGGUGGUUGAAGAGGCGAAGUGCGUGCUGGCGUUCUGUAGCCGUGCUGCGUUGGAUGGACCGGUACGUACGUUCCUUGGCGGAUGUGUGUUUGGACGGCAGAGUGACGAGGUAGGGAGCAGGAUGCAAGUUAGGGUAGAUGCCCACUACUAAACAUUACGGUACUCUGGUGCUUUCUGAUGCCUGGUCCCUGACCCGGUCACCCCCUUGGCACAACUGUAAGCCUUGGCGCCUGG